CCAGCCUUGCACUUAUUCGUGGCCCGGCCGUCGAGGGCGAGCAGCGAUCGACACGACGGCGGCGGAACAUCAUCACCUCACACCCUGGACGCACCUCGCAGCUCGCGCGGACACCACACACGCUCCCACCCUCCCAUCUGUCUCUCUCCCUUUCCGCCGUCCAUUUCUCGCACUUUCUCACCAACCUGACGAAUAUUCUGCACGCAUCGACCACGUCUUCCACCUCAUCUCCGGCUCCCCCAUUAUCCUUUGCACGCUGUUGGCUUUCUAGCUGCUGGCCUGGCGGUCCUUGUCCCCGCCUGACGGGGGUCGAAAGACACCUCUGCCACCACUUACUAUCACCACCACUGCGUUCGCUGCCACUGCAGCUGCCGUCAACAUGCGGCCCACACGGCUUCUCCUCACUCUCACCACCUCGCUCGUCCUGCUCACGAUCCUGUUGUACCUCAUACCGAACCGCUCCUCCCGCGCGACGCCGCCGCCACUGACCUCGUCAAAGAGGAAGUCGGGGUUGCGAGCUCUUUUCUCUUUUCACACACCGCUUUUCCCGCCGUCAGCCAUCAUCAGCCUCACUGACGAUAAUUCGACCUUCUUCCUGGCCCGACCUGCCGCUUUUGGACCCAAGCUGCCGAGCAGUGGGCUGAGCGGGCAGUUGUGGAUCGGCAGCGGCUUUGGGGAGGACAAUCUGGGCAGUGGGGGACGGGCGGAGGGUGAGCUCGGCUGCAGCGACGUCCCGGGAUGGGAUGAGAGCAUGGGAAAGCCAUCGGGCCGAGUGAUCAACGAGGGAGACGAAGACGUAAAGUAUGCAUCGCACAAGGGCAACGUGAACAAGAAGACGGCAAAGAAUACGAAGAGAGGGGAAGCAGAGGGCGAAGAUACGGAUGUAGCCAUCCCCAAGCCAGAGGACGACGACGGUACGGACGAGCACUUGUUCCAUGCCCCGGACCUGAGCGCGAUCAAGGACGCGGCGAACAAAGGCCGUGAAAAGGAGCAUGCCGACAUACAGUCAUUGCAGGAGAGCGCGGAGAUUGCUGGCAAAGUAGUCCUGCUAAGCAGAGGUGGCUGUGGUUUCCUGGAAAAGGUCAAAUGGGUGCAGCGGCGUGGUGGCAAAGCACUGAUCGUCGGUGACGACAUUCGCGGCGGGCCGCUUGUCACGAUGUAUGCCCGCGGUGAUACAUCGAACAUCACAGUGCCGGCACUCUUCACCUCGUACACGACGGCUCACCUGCUGUCGUCGCUGAUACCGUCCGGCGGCCUGUUUGGAGCCUCUCCAGUCGACGGCAACAAGGUCGGCCUAGGCAAGAUAACUGCGAAGCUGAAUGAGGCGAAGGACAAAGAAGCGCAGUCUGACGACCAGCCCAUCUUCACAACCUCGACAGAGGUGUCGAAGCCGACCGACGAACCGCUCGCUUCACAGGGCAAGUCGAGCGUAAGCAACAUCAAACAUGAGGAACCGAAAUCUCAGCAUGGCUGGCUCCGUCGCUUCAUUCUCUGGAUUGUGGGUAUGUCUGACAAUCACGAUGUUAGUCGUAGACCCCCCGGCAGCGGCAGCAUCGACUGGGUCAUGGUCCAGGACUUUGAUGAGAAGCCUAAGAAGUCCUCUAAGGAAACCAAGAGCCCUCAGGGGUCACAGGGGUCCCAGGACGGCCACGACGGCUUCGUCAUAGGCGUGCACGAUUGGCGCGAUCCGGACAUGGUGCCGGCCCGGAGCAGCAAUGAUGUUGGGGCGCGACAGACGAAUGAUGAGAAGGGCCCAGAUUCUGGCGCAAAUCAGCUGAAGGGAGGUAUCGUCACACCUGGGAGCGGUGAAUACGAGAAGCCCAAGGUCGUCGACUCCGCACAGAGCAAGGACAAGACGAAGGCCAAGUCCGACGCCAACUCGAAAGAGCAUGACAGUUGGCUCAGUCAUCUUCCCUGGACACAUGGUGACGAAUAUUUUGAUGAAGGCGCGCAAAAGGCAGCGCCGUGCGCAGGGGGCAAGUGCAAGGCCAAACCUCACAGUGCGUCGAAGGCGGACUCGAAAGCGCUGAACGACGGACUUCCGAAGCAUGAAGGUCUUUGGGUGACUUUGACACCGACUAACAUGUCUUCGAGCCCCUUCUUCGAUACCUUACUCGUCCUUGUCGUCAGCCCUCUCGUGACCCUCACCAUCGUCUACGCCUUAUUGCUCCUCCGUUCACGGAUCCGUCGGCGUCGCUGGCGAGCGCCCAAAUCAGUUGUUGAUCGCCUACCUGUGCGCACAUACCACACGAUUGCGAGCGAGGCAAGCACGACGUCGCUGGCGACACCCAACGCCUCUUCGCCUACCACACCUCUCUUGCAACCUGCUCCCCGCCGCAUACCUUCGCGGUCGUCAUCGAGAUCGAGGCCGCGGUCAAGAACAACAUCUGAAGUUCCCGCCCAAGGCACGUCAUCAUUACUUGGCGACAAUUCAGAGAGUCCUUCUGCAGCCGAGAAGCGUGAGGCUGGGUUGGCAGAGUGGAGACGUCGAUAUGGUGGUAGACAGAAAGAAUGUGUUGUCUGUCUCGAGGAGUACGUUGAUGGCGUCAGUCGCGUCAUGAGCUUACCCUGCGGUCAUGAAUUCCAUGCGGAAUGCAUCACGCCGUGGCUUACUACUCGACGGCGGACCUGUCCCAUCUGCAAAGGUGACGUGGUGCGCAGCUUGCAGCGCGGUGUGCUAAGUAGGCAGAGCUCGUACGAGGAACGGACACCAUCACGUGAGCUCUCUGACAUUGACGACGAAGACGACGACGAAGUGCAGGCCCAAGUUGCGACUAGUAGAAACGACUCACCUUCUGCUGCUUUGCCUAUGGACACACGAGACCUCGAACGGGGUGAGCAGCAACGUCAGCAACGUGAUGCGCCUUGGCGUGACUGGAUGAACGACCUCAUGUCUAGGCUGACAAGUCAGCGACGCAGGACGGAUGGCGUGGAUAGGGAUCGAUGACGAAUGACGCCUUGCACAUGCUCACGACUCUUGCUUACUGAUACCCCAACCACCUCUCUUUGAUCGGCGAAUAUAACUUUAUACCACCUGAACGGUUUGAGCGUAAUAUCGGCGUUGUUUUUUUGUGUUUGAACAUAUCUGCGUGUUGAGGAUGCGUGUGCGAUUUGCUUGAUGACGCUGGCGUAUAUAAUGGACGAGAAGGGAAAAAGGGGGAACAAAAAGAUGCACGCGUGCUAGUGUAGAAAAUAUGAUGCCUGCAGUCAUUGCUCCACUUUGAGAACCCUUCAGUAUGGAGUGACUUGCGAUCGGAUGCUCGCAGAGCACGUCAUAUGACUCCAUAAGGUUUAUGAAAUGAGAAAGCAAGACACUUUUUCUGAGUUCUCAGCACGCUGUGCAAUACUCCGAU